AUGUCUUCACCUGAAAACUCCGUCGAAAUCUCCAAAACCCCUGAAGGCAUAACAACCAUUACCCUCAACCGACCACACAGACGCAACGCAAUCGACCAUCCAACCGCCAAAACUCUCUACCAUUCCAUCCUCGAUUUUGAGAAUGACGAAACACAGAAAGUAGGUAUUUUGUAUGGUGCCGGGGGAAGUUUUUGUGCGGGCUUUGAUCUGCACGAAGUAGCCAAAGCAUCAUCAUCAUCAACUUCCGGUAACGAUGAGAAAGGUAAUCAGUACAAAGGACCCAGAUUCAACGUUGAGUCUGAGCGUGUUCAAGGACGAAAUGCAGGGCCCAUUGGACCUUCUCGUCUUCAAGUACGCAAACCACUCAUCAGCGCUGUGGCAGGGUAUGCAGUCGCAGGAGGACUAGAACUGAGUCUCAUCGCGGACAUUCGCGUUGCAGAGGAAAACGCCAUCUUUGGGGUUUUUUGUCGCCGGUUCGGCGUACCCCUGAUUGACGGCGGCACAGUCCGACUACAGGCCAUUAUUGGCUUGGGCCGAGCGCUGGAUAUGAUUCUCACAGGUCGCGGAGUCACUGCGCAGGAAGGUUUGCAAAUGGGCCUCGUGAAUCGAGUCGUUGGUCAAGGGGAGGCGCUAAAUGAAGCCGUUAAGAUUGCGAAACAGCUUGUUGCGUUUCCGCAGUUGUGUAUGAAUGUGGAUCGGGCCUCGUGUUAUUAUGCUGCUUACGAGGCUAGUUCGUUUCAGGAUGCGUUGAGGAAUGAGUUUGGGAAUGGGGAGAGAGUUAUUAUGGAGGAGGGUGUUUACGGGGCAGCGAAUCUGCAAGUCUUCCAUAACUAUUUGGGACAGGUCAAAGUUGAAGAGCCGACUUAUAAUAUGAUAUUGCAUGGAGAAAUUGACAAUGGGGCUGGAAUCACAAAGCCCCAAAAGGCCCCUGUCAUUCAACCAAGACCCUAUUAA